CACACACUUCCGUUUGCUGCACAUUCGUACAAGAGUGAUGAAACUGACAUUAAUUUCGACCUCCUGAGGAGUGUACCAAAAUAAAGGCAGUAUGACUGAAGACAGACAGCUUAAUGUUGUAUUCAUCCAUCCUGAUCUUGGGAUUGGAGGCGCAGAAAGAGCUGUCGUUGAUGCUGCGCUUGCAUUGAAGUCUAGCGGUCACUCUGUCCAGUUCGUGACUGCUCAUCAUGAUCCAAGCCAUUGCUUUGAAGAAACCAGAGAUGGCCAACUGAAAAUUACAGCUGUUGGAGACUGGUUACCCAGACAUGUCUUCGGUCGAUGUGCCGCUCUGUGCGCAUAUAUUCGAAUGAUUUACGCAGCAAUAUAUCUUGUCUUUUUCAGCGAUAUAAAUCCAGACAUAAUUUUCUGCGAUCAGAUUUCUGCUUGCAUUCCCUUUUUACGAAUUUCCAGAGUCAAAAUUAUAUUUUACUGCCAUUUUCCCGAUCUGUUGCUCACCCAGAGACAAAAUAUGUUUAAAAGACUGUACCGCUGGCCAAUAGAUUGGCUUGAGGAGUGGACAACAGGAAUGGCGCAUUGUAUAUUAGUUAACAGUAAAUUUACAGCUGGUGUAUUCAAGGACACAUUCAAGACUCUUGGGCAUAUCAACCCUGAGGUGCUGUACCCUAUACCAAAUCUUUCAACACUGGGAAAACCUGUAGAUCCUCUUCCUAAAAGUCAUUGCCCACCCAAAGAAACAAAGACACUGUUUUUGUCAAUCAACAGAUAUGAACGUAAGAAAAAUCUAGGACUUGCAAUAGAAGGGCUGGCAAAACUCAAGGAGAGCAUUCCUCUGUAUGGCAUACACCUGAUAAUGGCUGGUGGCUAUGAUGAAAGGGUCACAGAAAACAAAGAACAUUACUUGGAAUUAAAGGAACUAGCAGAAAAACUUGGGGUUCAGACCCAUGUCUCAUUUAUUCGAUCCUUCAGUGAUUCGGAAAAAAGAUCACUGCUUAGCAAUGCAACCAGUCUGAUAUACACUCCUGAUAAAGAACAUUUUGGUAUUGUACCAGUAGAAGCAAUGUUCAUGCAGUGUCCUGUAAUAGCAGUGAGAAGUGGUGGUCCUGUAGAAACAGUUGACGAUAAAGUAACAGGCUUCUUGUGUGAUCCCACCCCACAGAGCUUUUCUGAAUCCAUGCUUUACUUUGUGAAAAAUCCUAACGCUAAAGAGGAGAUGGGAAGGGCAGGUAAACUUAGAGUCAUUGAAAAGUUUUCCUUUCAGGCAUUUUCAAGACAGCUAAAUAACUUGAUAAUGGAGUUAAAAUUUGGCAAAGAAAAGUGACUUAAACAUUGAAUUGAAAAAACAUGAGGUCUCUGAUGUUUAUGUAUAAAACACCUAUAUAAGUGUAAUAUCACAAAAAAUGAUUGAU